CGCCCUGGAGAGAGAGGGUGUGGCGCUGUGACGUCAUCGUGCUGCGACGCCAAUUAACUGAGGGAACCUAGAACCACUGAGCAGCAGUGGAAGUGGCUGGGACCCUGAGAACCGGAAUUGUGGCGAGCCAGAAUAAUUUGAAAAUGACCACGCCAAACAAGACACCUCCUGGUGCUGACCCUAAGCAGUUGGAGAGGACAGCAACAGUGAGGGAAAUUGGGUCUCAGGCUGUCUGGUCACUCUCUUCCUGCAAACCAGGGUUUGGAGUGGAUCAAUUACGAGAUGACAAUCUAGAGACUUACUGGCAAUCCGAUGGCUCUCAGCCUCAUUUAGUGAACAUCCAAUUCAGAAGAAAAACAACAGUGAAGACGUUAUGUAUUUAUGCAGACUAUAAAUCUGAUGAAAGCUACACUCCAAGCAAAAUCUCAGUCAGAGUAGGAAAUAAUUUUCACAACCUUCAAGAAAUCCGGGUGUCCCCUGCCAGGUCCUCAGCCUGCUCUCACUGAAUCAGUUAUCAGGUGAGGGGGAGAUAAGUCAGACUUCCAGCUCGAGGUAGAUUCCACUGUUUACCUCUUCAUGGCAAAUGUGUGAGCAUGAUAACUAUCAGUAAGUUACCGGUAUUUAUAGGGUAAACAUCAUUUUAUAUAAAUUUUAAGUAUAUUAUUUGAUGAGUUUUACAAAUGCAUGCACCUGUAUAGCUCUAUUCUUUUUUUUUUUUUUUUCUUUUUUUGGAGCUGGGGACUGAGCUCUACUCUUUUAAAAUGUGGAGUGCUUUUCUCUGUGUUUUCUGUGGUAGAAUAUCCUUUCUGUCCCUUCACUCUUGAGUCUGUAUGGUCUUAAGUGUGGGGCUAGCGCCUUGUAGGCAGCAUGUGCUCAGAUGAGCCCUGACUGCGCACCAGCCACUCAGUGUUCGAUUGAUGGUGUUCAGUGAUGAUCCAUAGGCUGGGCUUUGCCGCUGCUGUAUUUUCAUUGCUGUCUGCUCACAGUAGGCUCUUCCUUCUUUCUUCUCUACUUUGUGCCUAGUAACUUUCCCAUGCAUGUUGAGCUUAGUCUUUGUCUUUUCCAUAGAGACUUGUGAUUACUACAAGUUUUAUAUAAAAGAUCUUAUGAUUAUAAUGGCUACUUAUUGUAAACUAAUGACAAUUUAUCUUUACAUACUUUUACUUAACUGCCUCAUGUUUUGUUUUGAUGCCAAUGAAUGUAUGCCUUUUUUUUUAAAAGAUUUUAUUUUAUUGUAUAUGAGUACACUGUAGCUGUCUUCAGACACACCAGAAGAGGGCAUCAGAUUCCAUUACAGAUGGUUGUGAGUCACCAUGUGGUUGCUGGGAUUUGAACUCAGGACCUCAGGAAGAGCAGUCAGUGCUCUAACCACUGAGCCAUCUCUCCAGCCCCCGAAUGUAUGCCUUUUUAUAUAGAAUCAUUAUGUUUUCUUGGAGAAAACAAGAGAAACAAACAUCCAUUUGUACUACGUAGUAUUUUGGUUAGGGUUCCUACUAUGGGAUGAAACACUGACCAAAGCAACUCAGGUAGUAGGAGUUUGCUUUACAGCUUAUCUUUAAAAGCUGUGAGGGGAGGAAGUCAAGCAGGGCAGGAACCUGGAGGCAGGAGGUUAUGUAGAAGCCAUGGAGGAGUGCUGCUUACUGCCUUGCUCCCCAUGGCUCACUCAGAUUACUUAAUUGCACAACCUAGGACCCCGAGACCAGACAUGGCCCCAUCCACAAUGGGCUGGACCUUCUGGAUCAGUCACUGAUUUAAGAAAAUUCCCAUCUGGGCUUGCCUAUAGGCUGGCCUUAUGGAGGCGUUUUCUUAGUUGAGGCUCCCUGCUCUCUCAUGACUCUAACGUAUGUCAAGUUGAUAUAAAACUAGCCAGGACACUAGGGCACUGAGGAUACACUGAGUAAACAUUUCCAUUCAAGUUAGCGUAGUGAUCAGUGAGUUUGGGGGUUACUUCCAGAAGUGCAGCUCAAGCAGCCGUGUCACUGAAAAGCCCAUCCCAGCAAAGUGCCACUGUCACUGUUGGGAUUGAGUCAGCUCAGGGAUUUUGUCUUUCCUCAGAUUUGGGAAGAAUCUUUGCUCUUAUAUAUUAAAAAUCAUGAAUUGAUGUGCUUUUAAUGUAAAUGAUUUCUUUAUAUGUGUGUGUGUAUGUUUUUGUUAUUGUAUGCACACAUGUAUAGGGAGCCUUUGGAGGCUAAAAGAGAGAGUUAGGUCCCAUGAAACUAGGGAUCCAGGGGGUUGUUAGCCACUGAACAUGGGGCAGGAUCCACCUACCUACUCCCUCCCACCUCUCCACCCUGACAUUCUCCUACACUGGGGCAUUGAGCCUUGACAGGACCAAGAGCCGUUCCUCCUGUUGAUGCUUGACAAGGUCAUCCUCUGCUACAUGUGUGGCUGAAGCCAUAGGUCCAUCCCUGUGUAUUCUUGGGAUGGUGGUUUAGUCCCAGGGAGCUCUGGGGAGUCUGAUAUUGUAGUUCUUCUUAUGGGGUUGCAAACCCCUUCAACUCCUUCAGUCCUUUCCCUAACUCCUCCAUUGGGGACCCUGUUCUCAGUUCAAUGGUUGGCUACAAGCAUCCACCUCUGUAUUUGUCAUGCUCUGGCAGAGCCUCUCAGGAGACAGCUAUAUCAGGUUUCUGUCAGCAAGCACUUCUUGGCCUCUACAAUAUUGUCGGGAUUUGGUGGCUGUGUGUAUAUGGGCUGGAUCCCCAGGUGAGGCAGGUUAUGAAUGGACAUUCUUUCAGUCUCUGCUCCAAACUUUGUCUCCAUAUCCCCUCCUAUGAAUAUUUUUGUUCCCCCCCCUCUUUUUUUUCAUCUUUAUUAACUUGAGUAUUUCUUAUUUACAUUUCUAUUGUUAUUCCCCUUCCCGGUUUCCAGGCCAACAUCCCCCUAUCCUCUCCCCUUCCCCAUCUUUAUGGGUGUUCCCCUUCCCAUCCUCCCCCCAUUACCGCCCUCCCUCCAACAAUCAGGUUCACUGGGGGGUUCAGUCUUGGCUUUGUUCCCCCUUUUAAGAAGGACUGAAGCAUCUGCCCUUUGGUCAUCCUUCUUGAGCGUGAUCUGUGGAUUAUAUAUCUUCAGUAUUCUGAGCUUUUGGGCUAAUAACCAGUUAUCAGUGAGUACAUAACGUGUGUGUUCUUUUGUGAUUGGGUUACCUCACUCAGGAUGAUAUUUUCUAUUUCAAUCCAUUUGCCUAUGAAUUUCAUGAAGUCAUUGUUUUUGAUAGCUGAGUAGUACUCCAUUGUGUAGAUGUAUCACAUUUUCUGUAUCCAUUCCUCUGUUGAAGGACAUCUGGGUUCUUUCCAGCUUCUGGCUAUUAUAAAUAAGGCUGCUAUGAACAGAGUGGAGCAUGUGUUCUUGUUAUAUGUUGGGGCAUCUUUUGGGUGUAUGCCCAAGAGAGGUAUAGCUGGGUCCUCAGGUAAUGCAAUGUCCUAUUUUCUGAGGAACCUCCAAACUGAUUUCCAGAAUGGUUGUACCAGUCUGCAAUCCCACCAACAAUGGAGGAGUGUUCCUCUUUCUCUACAUCCUCGCUAGCAUCUGCUGUCACCGGAGUUUUUGAUUUUAUCCAUUCUGACUAGUGUGAGGUGGAAUCUCAGGGUUGUUUUGAUUUGAUGACUAAGGAUGUUGAGCAUUUUUUUAGGGGCUUUGCAGCCAUUCGAUAUUUCUCAACUGAGAAUUCUUUGUUUAGUUCUACCCCAUUUUUAAAAUAGGGUUAUUUGAUUCUUUGGAGUCUAACUUCUUGAGUCUUUUGUAUAUAUUGGAUAUUAGCCCUUUAUUGGAUAAGGAUUGUUAAAGAUCUGUUCCCAAUCUGUUGGUUGCCAUUUUGUCCUAAUGACAGUGUCCUUUGCCUUACAGAAACUUUGCAAUUUUAUGAAAUCCCAUUUGUCUAUUCUUGAUCGUAGAGCAUAAGGCAUUGGUGUUCUGUUCAAGAAAAUUUCCCCAGUGCCCAUGUGUUCGAGGUUCUUCCCUACUUUCUUUUCUAUUAGUUUCAGUGUAUUUGGUUUUAUGUGGUCCUUGAUCCACUUGUACUUGAGCUUUGUACAUGGUGAUAAGAAUGGAUCGAUUUGCAUUCUUCUACAUGCUGACCUCCAGUUGAACCAACACCAUUUGUUGAAAAUGCUAUCUUUUUUCCACUGUAUGGUUUUAGCUCCUUUGUCAAAGAUCAAGUGACCAUAGGUGUGUGGGUUCAUUUCUGUGUCUUCAAUUCUAUUCCAUUGAUCUGUCUGCCUGUCUCUGUACCAAUUCUAUACAGUUUUUAUCACUAUUGCUCUGUAAAACAGCUGGAGGUCAGGGAUGGUGAUUUCCCCUAGUUCUUUUAUUGUUGAGGAUAGUUUUUGCUAUCCUGGGUUUUUUUGUUAUUUCAAAUGAAUUUGCAAAUUGUUCUUUCUAACUCUACGAAGAAUUGAGUUGGAAUUUUGAUGGGGAUUGCAUUGAAUCUGUAGAUUUCUUUUUGGGAAAAUGGCCAUUUUUACUAUAUUAAUUCUACCAAUCCAUGAGCAUAGGAGGUCUUUCCAUCUUCAAUUUCUUUCUUCAGAGUCUUGAAGUUCUUGUCAUACAGAUCUUUCACUUGCUUGGUUAGAGUCACACCGAGGUAUUUUAUGUUAUUUGAGACUAUUGUGAAGGGUGUCAUUUCUCUAAUUUCUUUCUCAGCCUGUUUAUCCUGUAGAGGAAGGCUACUGAUUUGUUUGAGUUAUUUUAUAUCCAGCCACUGAAACUGAAGUUGUUUAUCAACUGUAAAAGUUCUCUGGUGGAAUUUUUGGGGUCAUUUAAGUAUACUAUCAUAUCAUCUGCAAAUAGUGAUAUUUUGACUUCUUCCUUUCCAAUUUGUAUCCCUUUGACCUCCCUUUGUUGUCUAAUUGCUCUGGCUAGGACUUGGAGUACUAUAUUAAAUAGGUAGGGAGAGAUUGGGUAGGUAGCCUUGUCUAGUCCCUGAUUUUAGUGGGAUUGCUUCAAGUUUCUAUCCACUUAGUUUAAUGUUGGCUACUGGUUUUCUUUUUUUUCUUUUUUUUUCUUUUUUUUUUCCGGAGCUGAGGACUGAACCCAGGGCCUUGCGCUUGCUAGGCAAGCACUCUACCACUGAGCUAAAUACCCAACCCCAGCUACUGGUUUUCUAUAUAUUGCAUUUACUAUGUUUAGGUGUGGGUCUUGAAUUCUUGAUCUUUCCAAGACUUUUACUAUGAAGGAGUGUUGAAUUUUGUCAAAUGGUUUCUCAGCAUCUAAUGAGAUGAACAUGUGUUUUUUCCUUUUAAUUUUUUUAUAUAGUGAAUUACAUUGAUGAAUUUCCAUAUAUUGAACCAUCCUUGCAUCCCUGAGAUGAAGCCUACUUGAUCAUGAUGGAUGAUCAUUUUGAUGUGUUCUUGGAUUCGGUUUUCCAGAAUCUUAUUGAGUAUUUUGGCAUUGAUAUUCAUAAGGGAAAUUGGUCUGAAAUUCUCUUUCUUUGUUGGGUCCUUGUGUGGGUUAGGUAUAGUGUAAAUUGUGGCUUCAUAGAACCAAUUGGGUAGUGUUCCUUCUGUUUCUAUUUUAUGGAAUAGUUUGGACAGUAUUGGUAUUAGAUCUUUUAUGAAGGUUUGAUAGAAUUUUUCCCUAAACCCAUCUGGUCCUGGGCUAAUUUUGGUUGGGAGACUUUUAAUGACUGCUUUUAUUUCUUUAGGGGUUAUGGGACUGUUUAGAUGGUUUAUCUGAUCUUGAUUUAACUUUGGUACCUGGUAUCUGUCUAGAAAAUUUUCCAUUUCAUCCAUAUUUUCCAGUUUUGUUGAGCAUAUGCUUUUAUAGUAGAAUAUGGUGAUUUUUUUUAAUUUCCACAGUUUCUGUUGUUAUGUCUCCAUUUUAAUUUUUGAUUUUGUUAAUUUGGAUACUGUCUCUGUGCCCUGUGGUUAGUCUAAUUAAGAGUUUAUCUAUGUUGUUGAUUUUCUCAAAGAACCAGCUGCUGGUUUUGUUGAUUCUUUGUACAGUACUUUGUUUCAACUUGGUUGAUAUCAGCCCUGAGUUUGAUUAUUUCCUUCUACUCUUCUUGGGUGGAUUUGCUUCUUUUUGUUCUGGAGCUUUCAGGUGUGCUGUGAGGCUGCUAGUGUAUUCUCCCUCCUGUUUCUUUCUGCAGGCACUCAGAGCUAUGAAGUUUCCUCUUAGCCCUACUUUCAUUGUGUCCUAUAAGUUUAGGUAUGUUGUGUCUUCAUCUUCAUUAAAUUCUAAAAAGUCUUUAAUUUCUUUAUUUCUUUCUUGACCAAGUUAUUGAGUAGAACAUUGUUCAGCGUCCAUGUAUAUGUGGACUUUCUGUUGUUUUCGUUGUUAUUGAAGACCAGCCUUAGUCUGUGGUGAUCUGAUAGGAUGCAUGGGAUUAUUUUUAUCUUCUUGUAUCUGUUGAGGCCUGUUUUGUGACUGAUUGUAUGGUCAGUUUUGGAGAAGGUACCCGAGGUUCUGAGAAGAAGGUAUAAUUCUUAUGUUUUAGGAUGGGAUGUUCUAUAGAUAUCUGUUAAAUCCAUUUGGUUCAUAACUUCUGUUAGUUUCUGUGUCUCUGUUUAGUCUCUGUUUCCGUAAUCUGUCAUUUGGUGAGAGUGGUGUGUUGAAGUCUCCCACUAUUAUUGUGUAUAGUGCAAUGUGUGCUGGAUUGUUAGUAAAGUUCCUUUUAUGAAUGUGGGUGCCCUUGCAUUUGGAGCAUAGAUAUUCAGAAAUGAGAGUUCAUCUCGGUGAAUUUCUCUUUUGAUGAAUAUGAAGUGUCCUUCCUUAUCUUUUUUCAUAAAUUGCGGUUGCAAGUCAAUUUUAUUUGAUAUUAGAAUGGCUACUCCAGCAAGUUUCUUGGGACCAUUUACUUGGAAAAUUCCUUUCUAGACUUUUUUUACUCUGAGGUAGUGUCUGUCUUUGUCUCUGAGGUGUGUUUCCUGUGUGCAGCAAAAUCCUGGGUUCUGUAAAUGUAUCCAGUCUGUUAGUCUAUGUCUUUUUUGUUGGGGAAUUGAAUCUGUUGAUGUUAAGAGAUAUUAAGGAAUAGUGAAUGUUGCUUCCUGUUAUUUUUGUUAAAGAUGGAAUUAUAUCUGUGUGGCUGUCAUCUUUUGUGUUAGUUGAAAGAAGAUUACUUUUUUGCUUUUUUAGGUGUAGUUUCUCUCCUUCUAUUGGAGUUUUCCCUCUAUUAUCCUUUGUAGGGCUGGAUUUGUAGAAAGAUAUUAUGUAAAUUUUGUUUUGUCAUGGAAUAUCUUUGUUUCUCCAUCUGUGGUAAUGGACAGUUUUGCUGGAUAUAGUAGCUCGGGCUGGCAUUUAUGUUCUCUUAGGCUCUUUAUGACAUCUGUCCACGAUAUUAUAGCUUUCACAGUCUCUGGUGGGAAGCCUGGUGUAAUCUGGGUAGGUCUGCCUUUUUAUGUUACUUGCCCUUUUCCCCUUACUGCUUUUAAUAUUCUUUCUUUUUUAUUUAAUUAAUUAAUUAAUUAAUUAAUUUAUUAAUUUUGGUUCUUUUUUUCGGAGCUGGGGACCGAACCCAGGGCCUUGCGCUUCCUAGGCAAGCGCUCUACCACCACUGAGCUAAAUCCCCAACCCCUGCUUUUAAUAUUCUUUCUUUGCUUUGUGCAUUUGGUGUGUUGACUAUUAUGUGAUAGGAGUUUCUUUUCUGGUCCAAUCUAUUUGGAGUUUCUGUAGGCUUCUUGUAUGUCUAUAGGCAUCCCUUUCUUUAGGUUAGGGAAGUUUUCUUCUAUAAUUUUGUUCAAGAUAUUAACUGACCCUUUAAGUUGGGAGUCUUCGCUCCUUCUAUACCUGCUAUCCUUAGGUUUGAUCUUCUCCUUGUGUCCUGGAUGUUUUAGGUUAGGAGCUUUUUGCAUUUUGCAUUUUCUUUGACUAUUGUGUCAAUAUUUUCUUUGUUAUCUUUUAUCUUUUUGGUUGUGAGCCUAGCCUUUAAUGGCUGAGUCAUCUCUCCAGCCCUCUUUGGUAUCUUUUGCCCCUGAGAUUCUCUCUUCUUUCUCCUGUGUUCUGUUGGUAAUGCUUGGAUUUAUGACUCCUGAUCUCUUUCCUAGGUUUUCUAUCUCCAGGGUUGUCUUCCUUUGUUCUAUUUCCAUUUUUAUAUCCUGGAUGGUUUUGUUCAAUUCCUUCACUUGUUUGUUUUUGGUGUGUGUGUAUGUGUGUGUGUGUGUGUGUGUGUGUGUGUGUGUGUGUGUGUGUGUGUGUGUGUAUGUGUGUGUUUUCCUGUAAUUCUGUAAGGAAUUUUUGUGUUUCCUCUUUAAGGGCUUCUACUUGUUCACCUAUGUUGUUCUGUAUUUCUUUAAGGGAGUUGUUUAUGUCCUUCUUGAAGUCCUCUAACAUCAUCAUGAGUUGUGAUUUUAAAUCCGAAUCUUGCUUUUCCAGUGUGUUGGGAUAUCCAGGACUUGCUGUGGUGGGAGAACUGGGUUCUAAAGAUGCCAAGUGGCCUUGGUUUCUGUUGCUUAGGUUCUUGCCCUUGCCUUUUGACAUCUGGUUGUCUCUGGUGUUAGCUGGUCUUGCUGUUUCUGACAGUGGCUUGACCUUCCUGUAAGCCUGUGUGUCAGUGCUCCUGGGAGACCAGCUCUCUCCUGGUGGGGUCUGGGUCCAUUGAUCUGUGGCACAGGGUCAGCUCCGGGCACAGAUGGAAAUUGGAAGGAUCCUGCCCAGACUGUUCCUCAGUUUCCGUGUCCUGUAACUCUCUGUGAUCUUGAAGAAGUAAAUUAUUCUAGUGUUUGAAGACUGUCUGGGGAAUCCUACCACCAGCCAGCCCAUCUAGAGAUCCUGGGAAGGACAGUUGUGAUCCAUGGGUUUGACUGCCAUUGGAGUCCUCUGGUAUGUUGGCCUGAUUCCAGUAGACAAGCUGGUGUGUAAGUCAUUGUCUUAGCACUAGUAGAGCUUGUUUUUAUGAAGGACAACCAGAAGCCUGUGUCUAUAGGGGCUGAUGUAGCUUUGUGGUAGGUAGCCUUGAUCCAGAGAGAGAGAGAGAGAGAGAGAGAGAGAGAGAGAGAGAGAGAGAGAGAGAGAGAGACUGACA